AUGAAGAUAACAAUAAGAGGACUACUACGGUAUGAUUUAAAAUCAAUAACCCAAACUAGAAAUUUUACCAAAUCAUCAUACCAUAGACUCACAUAUGAACCAUCACAUUUAACAAAAAUAUUUGAUAAUCAAAAAUACUUUAAUAAAUUUAUAAAUGAAAAUUCAAAAACAAGUUUAUCUCCCUUUUCUUUUAAGAAUACAUCACAACAAACUGGAUUAUUUAAAAAUGAAUUAUUAUCAAAUCCAUCGGGAUUAAUUGAAUUUUCUAAAAUUUCAUUAAAUGAAGCAAAAGAAUUAGUUGAGGAUAUGAGUAAUGGAGAAAAAAAUGAAAAGAAUCAAUUAAAUUAUAUUAAAAAAUUAGAUCAAUUAUCAGAUAUUUUAUGUAGAGUUAUAGAUGUUGCAGAAUUUAUAAGAGUUGUUCACCCUAGUAAUAAAUGGAUUAAUGCAGCUCAACAAACUCAUGAAUUAGUAUUUGAAUAUAUGAAUCAAUUAAAUACAAAUGUUGAAUUAUAUAAUAAUUUAAUUGAAGUUUUAAAUUCUCAAAAUUUAAUUACAAAAUUGAGUGAUGAAGAAAUUAAAGUUGGAGAAUAUUUAAAACAAGAUUUUGAAAGAUCUGGAAUUCAUAUGGAUCCUCAAACAAGAGAAAAUUUUGUUGCUAUAACUCAAGAAAUUUCAUUAUUAGGAUCUCAUUUUAAUAAAGAAAUGAAUAAUUUAGAUUCUUAUUGGUGUGAAAUAACAAAAGAAGAAUUUGAUAGUAUAGAAGAUAAAAUGAUAAAAGAAGAAAUUUUACAAUAUCAAUCAAAAUAUAGUCAUACAAAAACUCCAAAUUCUUAUUAUAUACCAUUAAUUCCUAAUUUACCAUUUUCAAUAUUAACAAAUUGUAAAUCAGAUUCAAUUAGAAAAAAAAUUUGGAUUUCAUUACAUAAUUCAUCAAAAGAACAAAUUGAAAUAUUAAAUAAAUUUAUAUCUUAUAGAGCAUUAUUAUCAAAAAUGUUAGGUUAUGAAUCUUAUUCUCAUUAUCAAUUAGAACAUAAAAUGGCAAAAUCUCCAAAAAAUGUUAUGUCAUUUUUAAAUAAUUUACAAAAAUCUUUAAAAAAUAAAAUUGUAAAUGAAGAAUUACUUGAUUUGAGUAAAAUAAAAAAUGAAAAUUUAAAUUCAAAAUCAAAUAAUAAACUUAAUGAAGAUGAAAUUAUAAAUAAUUUAAAACCAUGGGAUAGAGAUUAUUUAAUUAAUAAAAUUCAAUCACAAAAUCAACAAGAUCCUGAAUUACAAUUUAAAAUAUCUGAAUAUUUUUCAAUUGGAACAGUUAUAGAAGGAUUAAAUCAAUUAUUUUUAAAAUUAUAUAAUAUAAGUUUAAUACCUGAAAAAACUUUAAAUGGAGAAGUUUGGGAUAAUUUAAAUGUUAGAAAAUUAAAAGUCAUGGAUAAUGAAAAAAAUCAAAUAUUAGGAUAUUUAUAUCUUGAUUUUUGGUCAAAUAAAGUUUUACCAUCUCAUUUUACAAUAGUUUGUUCAAGAAGAAUUAAUAAAUGGGAAAAUAUUGAUGAUUAUAAUUCAAAAGUUCAAAUUGAUUUAAAAGAAAAUUAUCAAUUACCUAUAAUUUCAUUAGUUUGUAAUUUUAACUUACCUAGUGGAAAUAAACCAACUUUGUUAACUUUAGAUCAAGUUGAUACUAUAUUUCAUGAAAUGGGUCAUGCAAUGCAUUCAAUGAUUGGUAGAACUGAAUUACAUAAUUUAUCAGGUACAAGAUGUGCAACUGAUUUUGUUGAAAUUCCUUCUGUUUUAAUGGAAUCUUUUAGUAAAGAUUUAAGAGUCUUAAGCAGAAUAAGUAAACAUUAUAAAACUGGAGAAUCAAUUCCAAUAGAACUUUUAGAAAAUGCAUUUAAAAAUAAAAAUUAUUUACAAUCUUGUGAAACUUAUAUGCAAAGUAAAAUGGCAACACUAGAUCAAUUUUUACAUAAUGAAAAUAUAGUAAAACAAUUACAAAAAAAUGAAUCAAUUAAUUCAACUAAAAUUUAUCAUGAAAUUGAAUCAAAUCUAAAAAUUUUUAAAGAUAUUUAUUCAACAUGGCAUGGAAAAUUUCCUCAUUUAUUUUCUUAUGGUUCUGUAUAUUACUCUUAUUUAUUAGAUAGAGCUAUAGCAGAAAAAUUAUGGAAAAAUUUAUUUGCCCAAGAUCCAUUUAAUUCAAAUUCUGGUUUAAAAUAUAAAAAUGAUAUUUUAAAAUGGGGUGGUACAAAAGAUCCUUGGUUGUGUUUAAGUGAUGCUUUAAAUAUAAAAGAAUUAUCCAAGGGAGAUCUGAAUGCUAUGGAAAUAAUUGGGAAAGAUUUAACUUUAUAG